AUAAUCUAGCCAUAAAAGCUAGGAAAAGCAAAUAGAACCUUCACAACCUUUGUCAAAAAAAAAAAUAAAAAAAAUAAAAAAAAUAAAACUACUUUUGUCGAACAUACCCAUAAACAACCUUCAUACCUCUACUAAAAUUUAGCAAAAUAAAGUUUUUGGUAAUUAUUAUGGACAGUUGAAAAGGUUGUAAAAGUAGGACCCACAAAACGCCACUGUUAGCCGCUAAUUACCUUCCACCUCAACCUUUAAAACUCCAAACUGCCCACACUCCUACACGUCACUAUCUUCUUUCUCCCCCACUCACACAUCACUGAUGACAUCUCUCUAAAUCCCCGCCAUAUUUCUCUCUCGAACUUUCCUCUCAUUUCUCACUAUCUCUUCUUCAAUGGCGUUCUUCACUUCUCCCCAAAUCAACCCUAAUUCCGCCAUUAUUACUCCACCUUCAACCUCACUUCACCUCAACUCAUCGUUUCGAAACCUCGAACUUCGUCUAUGGAAGAAACGCCGUUUCAAGCGCAAAUCCAAACUCUUCUUCACUCUCCGAAACUCUCUAGAACCUUCUUCAUCUUCAUCCUUCGAUUUUCUCUCUCUUCUAUCACUCAAUUGGGUUCCACCAGCUGCUCUAGGGUUUGCUUCAGCUCUCGCAAUCUCUCUCUCCAAUCAAAAACCCAAAAUCCCCAAAUUAAAUCCCGAUUCUAGGGUUUCCGAUAUCGGAGAAUGGCUACUCUUCUCUAGCCCUACUCCGUUUAAUCGGUUCGUUUUUCUACGAUGCGGUUCAAUUUCGUUUGAAGGAGGAGAGGAGUAUUUGGAGGAUGUGAGUGAGAGAUUAGUGAAGGAGGAGAAGCAUUAUGUGAGGUUAGAUAGUGGGAGGAUUCAGGGGAAGAAUGAUGGUGAUGGUGAUGAGGUGGAGGAGAGAGAUAGCGUGUCCGUUGAGUAUCAAAGGGUGUGUGUAGGGACUGAUGAUGGUGGAGUGAUAUCUUUGGAUUGGCCUUCAAAUUUGGAUUUGAGUGAAGAGAGGGGAUUGGAUACUACUGUUUUGUUGGUGCCGGGGACGGCGGAAGGUAGUAUGGAUGAUAAUGUGAGGUCUUUUGUGGCGGAAUGUUUGAGGAGAGGGUUGUUUCCGGUUGUUAUGAACCCUCGUGGCUGUGCUGGUUCUCCUUUGACUACUGCUAGGUUAUUUACAGCUGCUGACAGUGAUGACAUUUGCUCGGCUAUACAGUUUGUCACCAGAGCAAGGCCAUGGUCUACAUUGACAGGAGUCGGCUGGGGUUAUGGUGCGAACAUGCUGACAAAGUACCUUGCUGAGGCUGGGGAAAAGACCCCUCUGACAGCUGUUACGUGCAUUGACAAUCCCUUUGACUUAGAUGAGGCCACCAGGACUUCUCCUUACUCCACUACCAUUGAUAAUAAGCUGAAGGGAGGCUUGAUAGAUAUCUUAAAGUCUAACAAGGAACUUUUUCAAGGUAGGAGGAAAGGUUUUGAUGUGGAUAAGGCUUUGGCAGCUGAAUCUCUUCGUGACUUUGAAAAGGCAAUAUCCAUGGUUCCUUAUGGAUUUGAUACAAUAGAAGAGUUCUACUCAAGCUCUAGCACAAGAUUGUUGGUGGGGGAUCUGAAGAUUCCUGUACUUUUUGUGCAGAAUGACAAUGGGACAGUACCUCUGUUCUCUAUUCCCCGUGGGCCGAUUGCUGAAAAUCCAUUUACCAGCUUGCUUCUGUGUUCUUGUUUACCAUCUAAUGUUGCUGCCAUCUCAUGGUACCAGAAAGUGGCAAUUGAGUGGCUCACUGCAGUGGAGCUUGGACUUCUAAAGGGUCGCCACCCACUUCUUCAAGAUAUAGAUGUUACUAUCAAUCCUUCAAAAGGUUUAGCUCUUAUGGAAGGAAGAACAUCUAAUACAAGUGGCAGGCUUGAUAGAGUCUUGGAUUUAGGCAAAUUAGAUAAUUUAGAUGCAUAUGUGGAUCCUAUGAAGGAAUUGCUUACAGAGACUGAUGCUAUAGCCAGUACUAAUCCAAGAUUCAAUCAGAAGUCGCUGAGAAAUCAGGCUCUUGGUGAGCAUGUUCUGAGUGAAACAAAUGGUGCUUUCCCAGAUGGCACCUUGAAAGAUGAAGAUUCCACUAAAGACACGGGAACCAGUCAAGUGGAGAGUGAUGCAGGCCAAGUGUUGCCAACAGCACAGGUUGUUAUGAAUAUGCUUGAUGUGACUAUGCCUGGGACUCUAAAAGAGGAAGAUAAGAAGAAGGUCCUAGCAGCUGUUGAUCAAGGUGAGACGCUUAUCAAGGCGUUACAGGAUGCUGUCCCCGAGGAUGUCCGUGGCAAACUUACGAGUUCUGUUUCUGACAUUCUCCAAGCACAAGGGAAGAGUUUGAAUUUUGAUAAACUACUGAGCAUCAACCGUAGAGCUGAUGCUGUAUCUGGUUUGAAGUCAAAGAACAAUGCGAACUUGCAUACCGACUCCAAAACUGAUAGUAAUGUUCCUCCUUCAGAUAUCAAAGCUUCAGAAGAUACUAGAACAGAUGGAAAUGAUAAUGAUCAAGUUGAUGCGGAUAAGCUUGGUAGUGAAGAUAGUGGGACUCAGCCGCCAAAAACAUCUGUCAAAUCUGAUAUUUCGGAGUCUAAAGCUGUGAACAGUGACGAUGAUACAGGCUUGACAAAAGGUUUGAGUGAAUCUCAGAACAUCGACGAAAAACUUGAUAAUGAGGCUUCUGCCAAGAAGGUAAACCAGCUUUCUGAAUCUAAUGAGGAUGGGUCUGAGAGUGCUGCCAAAAUGAACUCAUCUAGCAAUAGUGCUGGCGUCACCAACGAUGGAGCAGUUAUGCAGAGUAAUAGGUCCCAAGAUGAUGAAACAAACCAGAAAGAGAGCAGCAUCCCUGGAAAAGUUGGGGAGUCCAAGGAUUUGUCUGACGAGCAAAUUAAGUCAAGCUCAGCUGCUGAUAGUAGACCGGCUGAUACAAAUGAAGCAACAGCAUCUCCCACGUCUGACAGCCAAGUGUCUGAAAAAAGAGAUGAUGAUAAAAUCAAGGGUGAAAUUGUUCAACCUCCGGCUGAUCAGAACAGAGCUUCCACAAGCACCGAUUUCAGUGUUUCUCAAGCUUUAGAUGCUUUGACAGGGAUGGAUGACUCAACACAGGUGGCUGUCAAUAGUGUUUUUAGUGUCCUUGAAGAUAUGAUUGCUCAGCUGGAGGAGAAAAACAGAGAAAGCAUAGUCAAUCAGGGGAGUGAGAAUAAGGAUGUUGUGAAUGGUUCAGUUAUUGAGAAGGAUUGCACUAGCAAUGAGCUCCAACUAGAAAAACAAACAGAUGUGGAAGAUGAGGAAGAUACAAUUCCUCUGGACAUGGAAGUAGGCAAUGGACACGAUAGCAACAGGAGUACAGAAAGUAGUUCAAUUAUAGCUGCUAGCAAAGAAAAGAAUAUUGAGAAGCUUAACCUGAUCGCCAAUAAACCAGAAGCAACAAAUAUUGAUGGAAUGAUGAACAUUAGUAAAAACUCUUUUUACAUGACAUUAGAUCCAAAUGUAAGUGCAAUAGUCAAAGAGUCCUUCCUGAAAUACAUCCUUGCAGAGAUCCAGAAAGUAAAAUAUGCCGACAGGGAUUCAACCAACCCUCCGUUUCUUGAUUAUACUCCAGAACUUGGGAACUAUCUUCUGCUAAAACAACCUGGUGGUUUACAUGUUGCUGUAAUAAACAACAACAAUGACAGAAAGAAGAACUCCAAGCUACUACAGAAAGAUAAUGUUACGGAUAGUGUUAUUGAGCCAUCCUAUGUUAUUUUAGACAAGGAACAGGAGGAACAAGGUGAAGAGCUAGUGGAGAAAUUGCAUGACAAACCUGUGAGCCAUGAUAAUCAUUUGGAAGAGUCAAAAUCUUUUGUUAAGAGCACUUUACUUAAUUCUCUGAAAGUUGAAGUUAGCCGUAGGCUUAAUGCACUGAACAUGGAAGAUAUGGAAGCUGCUCUUGCAGCAGAUAUAGAAGGAGUGGCAGAUGCUGUCUAUCUGGCAGUUCAACAUGAUGAAGAGCAGAAUCAGAAGCUCUUGUUUUCUGGCUAUGACCCUGAUUUUCAAGAAUGGAGCAGGCUUAAUGGGAACCGUAUCAUAGAAGUGAUUACUGAGGCAGUUCAAAAUAGCAGCUACCUGAAUAAAGUGUUGCCUAUUGGUGUUAUCGUAGGCUCUAUUUUGGCUGCUUUGAGAAAUUGCUUUGAUUUGGCUUCUGAAUAUUGCAAUAAUAGUGCUGCUGGUUUACUGGACUUGGAUCAAGAUCACAUUAGUGUCUCGAAGCCUGAGGACCAACUUCGACAAGAUGUGGUCAUUCAGCUUCCUAUUGAUGGAAUCGACCAUGAUCUUAAUCCAGGGAAGAAUUUGAGGAAAGAUGAGGGAAGUGUUGCAUUGAAUACUCUUGACGAAGAUGACAGUGACGAAGACGACAGAGCUGAGGCUAAAUCCAAAAGUUUAAGUCAGGACACUCUCAUGGUUGGUGCUGUUACAGCUGCACUUGGAGCCUCUGCUCUACUAUCAAAUCAGCAGGAGAAUUUAAUGGGACAUGACAAUUCUGAAACUUCAGAAGAGAAACAUAUGACGAGUGAACCUAUCAAGUUAGAGGAGAUGGUGGAUAACAAUAACCAGAAUAUUGUAACAAGCCUGGCUGAGAAGGCAAUGUCUGUUGCUGCUCCAGUGGUUCCUACUAGGGAAGAUGGAGCCGUGGAUCAAGAAAGGAUUGUCGCAAUGCUGGCAGAAUUGGGCCAGAGAGGUGGUGUGCUAAGACUUGUUGGCAAAUUAGCUUUACUUUGGGGUGGUUUUCGUGGUGCUAUGAAUCUGACGGAUAGGCUAAUCUCAUUUUUCCGAGUCGCUGAUCGGCCUUUAUUGCACAGGGUACUUGGUUUUUCCUGUAUGGUGCUAGUAUUGUGGUCCCCUGUGCUGGUGCCGCUGCUGCCUAUUCUUUUUCAGAACUUCACAACACAUAGUUCAUCUAGGAUUGCUGAGCUAACCUGUGUUGUUGGUCUUUACACUGCUGUCACAAUACUCAUCAUGCUGUGGGGUAAAAGAAUACGAGGAUAUGAGCAUCCAUUAAAGCAAUACGGACUGGAUCUUACAUCAUCAAGAAAGGUGCAACAUUUCUUGAUAGGGUUGGUUGGUGGAGUGUUGCUAGUUGUGUCGAUACAUUCUCUAAAUGCAUUCCUUGGUUUUGUCAACCUUACAUUACCAUCAAAUUUUAGUUCGUCUUCCUUGAAUCUUACUGCCAAAAUCAAAGCACAUGGUCAGCUGUUUCUAUUGGCUGGUCAAGGUUUUUUGAUGGCCGCUGGUGUUGCUUUUGUCGAAGAACUGCUUUUCAGAUCAUGGUUGUUAGAAGAAAUUGCAGUCGACCUUGGUUAUCAUCCUGGAAUACUUAUAUCAGGACUUGCAUUUGCGUUAUCACAGAGGUCUUGGCAGGCUGUUCCUGGGCUAUGGCUGUUGUCUAUGUGUCUUUCUGGGGUUCGGUUGCGAAAGGAUGGCAGCCUUUUCAUUCCCAUUGGACUGCGCACUGGGCUCAUGGCUUCCAGUUAUAUAUUACAAUCAGGGAGUUUUUUGGUUUACCUGCCAAAGUUUCCAUGGUGGGUUGUUGGUACGCACCCCUUCCAGCCAUUUAGUGGAGUAGUAGGGCUUCUCGUUGCUUUAUUAUUAGCAGUGGUUCUAUAUCCGAGGCAACCUGGACUAAUGGAAAGAAUUCCUCGUACUAUCCGGGCAUGAAGCUUUUCUAUGAGAGCCUAUGAAUGUGAAGAAGAGAGAUAUCAGUUAUAUGAUCCUUAUACGGUUCAUUUGAUAUACUUGAACAUAUGGUGAUUGCUAGGGUAAUUGCAUAUAUAAAGGACAAUGUUAUUACCUUCUGCAAGGUGAACCAUGGGAGUGGAGGUGAAUAGGAUUUGUAUUUUUUGACUAUACAAACGCAGAAAAGAUUCUGCUUCAAUCAAAUGUAAAUAAUCGUGACAGAUAUACUUAUACACAAUAAACUUGUAACAAUAUAAAUGUUUAUAGAAAAUUUUGUCAACA